AUGCCUAGAAAUUAUGAAGACAAUGAUGAGGACCGACCAGCAGCCACGCAUGUGGUGGCCCACGAGAUCUACAAGGCCAGCCUGCCGAACGACAGCACGGGUUUCAUUGAAGGCACAGACCAUAUCGGGUUCUAUGGCACCGUAGAUGGAGAACAAAGUGUACCCGCUGCUGAACAUGCAGGACUUUUCUGGGCAUUGGCGCUGACGCGAGGCCCGUUAUUGAUCAUCACGGACUGCCAGAUGGUUAUGAAUGGCUGGACCCUCAAGUAUUACGAGCAGCCCCAAGGUGCUCAGCGACCAUGGUGGGAAAGGAUAAAACUUCUGCUCAGCAGGCGGUCUGGCGGUGUGUAUGGAGUACGUGUCCAGAAGUGCUUACCCCACCUCGACGGCGAAUCGGUUAAGCAGGCUGGCCAGGAGUUCCACACCAGCAUGGGCAAUGAGAUGGCGAAUACGUUGGCGCAGCGAGGAGCAGAAGAGGCAAUGGCAGAAAUACGGCAGGAGGUCAAGGUGUUGGUGGAAGUGGAGACUACACUUAUGAGGGCCCAAAGGCGGGCAGCAGCGAUCAUCCACGAGGUGUGCAAGGAUGCGGACCCCACCAAGCUUGAGAGGCCCAAGCAGAUGCCGAAGAAAAUAGCAAAGGAAAGAAGAUAUCAGAUCGAGAAGGAGUCGGGCCACAGAAUGCGAAAGAAGAAAGGGCAAUGGGUAUGCCAAGAGUGCUGGCUAACCCCAGGCAAGUACAGCGUGGUCGACUGGAUGAAGGCUAACGUGUGCAUCGGGAGGCAGUACGAGACACACCGAGCAGAUCAUGGACAUGCAGUCCGUGUUCCCAACAACGAGCUGAUUGAGAUCAAAGACAAAGUGAUCCACGACAGCCACAGCAUUGCAGUGGCCCAUGGGCAGUUCUGGUGCUGGAAUUGUGCUGCGGUGGCUUCGCACAACGACUACGGACACGGCAGAGUGAACCUACUGGCGACGGAGUGCAGGAACAAGAUCACGCAGAGCGGGACUACUGAUUACCACCAAUGGCUGGCCAGAAUUGGCCAGAUGGGACGAUCCCGCCUAACGGCGGGCGGCUACCACGAGUUGCAGCUGGGCGACGACCUCGUGGUUGACCUCAUGGCACGGGGCUACGGCCCCGCAGAGAUACUCUGGCCUGGAGUGCCAGUGGGGUGGACGCCCGCCCUGCUCACGGGGCGGCUCGGGGUCCCCCACGCGGUGAGCGGUGGCCCUGCCGCGUGGGGAGUCUGCGGCGGCCGCAUGGCUCUGGGCUUCGGGUCGCUCUCCGGUGGCAGCGCGGCCCCGCGGCGCGGCCCCGCGGCGCCGCCGCCGCCCGAGCCCGCCUCGGGCAGCCGGGGCCCCGCCGCGCGGCGGCAGCCGCCGCCGCGCGGCGGCGGCGCGCGGGCGGCCCGCGCCGCGGCGGCGCCGCCGCGGCCCGGCAGGGGCCGCCCGCAGCCGCGCGCCGCCGCGGCUGCGCACGCGCAGCCCGGCGGCGGCGGCCCCGCCGCGGGCCCGGGGCGGCGCCGCCGCGCCGCGCCGCCGCCCAGGCCCGCAACGGAGAGCGAGGACGAGGACGAGGACGAGGAGGAGGACGAGGAGGGCGCGCUCGACUCCUCCGACGAGUCCGCCAGCCUCUGCGGCGGGGGCGCCUCCACCGACUCCGACUCGGCCGGGCAGGGCGCGGGCACCGCCGCGGCCGCGGCCUGCGGCGGUGACUCGGAGGCGGACCGGGUGGUCCGGGAGCUGCUGCAGCGCGGCGCCGAGAGCGCCAUCUUGGGGAAGAGGACCCGCGGUGCUGACUCCGCGGACGGGGUGGAGAUGGAGCUCUACACCAGGGCGGCGGCCAAGAAGGCGCGGGUCCUGCAGGAGGAGCCUCCGAGGAGGAGGGCGCGCUCCGCGGGCCCGUCGUUCGGCGGCGGCUUCCCCUUUGGCAGCUUCUUCGGCGGCGGCUUCCCGUUCUGAGCCCCCCCCCAGGGUCGGGCGGCCUCUUAUGGGACCGGGGCUCAGUGCUCACGGGGACGGUCAAGAUUAGUUUUCCCCCUAGUCUCUCCCUCCUGGACGCCGGACAACUGGCCCAUCGCCUGCCCAUCGCCCCGCGCCAGUGCGGACUGCCACCUGCCCCGCCGCCGCCGGAACUCCUGGGCGGCCGGCGGGGCUGCGCAGCGGGGCCCGGGCCGGCCCCGGGGGGUCGGCGUUGACCCCGGUGGCUCGUGCGGCCCAGGCGUGGCGCCCCGGAGGAGACGGGCCGCUCUCGUCGCCUCUCGGCGGCGAGCCCCAGAGGGGGAGGCAGAUGGGGGCUCCGCCUCCUCCUGCUUCGCCUCCUGCUCCCCCACACCCUUCCUCCUCCUCCUC